AUUGCCUGAUUUCUCCUUGGCUCUUCAUUGUUUUCAAAUUGGAAUAUGAAGAUUCAAGAAUCCAAACUCAGCUCUUGAAUUCUGUGCUGAAUGAAACUAGAGAACAAGGGAAUUGUGCAGGGUAUUUAUGUGCACAUAGACACAUGCAUUGUGCUAGUUCUUCAAUCUAUGUGAUAGUUACUAGGGGGAGGAAAUGGUGUACCAUUUGCUUACACUAUAUUGAAUUUUCUGACCAUGAUGAACUACAUGAUGCAGAGUGGAGACGUGUACAUUUCCAUAAUGUCCCCGAGAACCUUUAUUGUGAACGUGUCAAGCUAAACAUUGAUCUGGCUACUAAUGAGCUGAUUCUGAGUGAUGCACCUAAUGAAGCUAUUCUGGUAAAGAUUAAUAAUAAGAUUCCGGGGCUUGGCUUGCAGUUGGAUGCUUCCGAACUCAAUUUACUGUAUAAGGACAAGUAUAAUGCGGAGGUGCCUGAUUCAUAUGAGCAUCUUCUUCUUGAUUUCAUUGAUGGAGACAACCAUCUCUUCAUGAGGAGCGAUGAGCUUGCUGCUGCAUGGAAUAUUCAAACUCCAACUCCACAGGAGAUAGACAAGAAACGUACGACACCAGAACUCUGUGAACUGGGAGUCCAGCUGCCUUAACUAGCAAAAUAAUGGCCUGCUGAGGGCGAUUGAAGCUUCUUAUCGGAGCUUCAAAUCACCAUAAAAUCACGGAGAAAAGCUUUGGAGAUCCCCAUCAAUUUCUUUUUCCUUACAAUUUCCAAAGUAAGAUUCAGUUCUAUGUUCUUGACAAACAAUGAACUUCAAUCACACGCUUCUGUAUCAUAUAAUAUCAUGACAUGCUCAACUGUCAGAACUUGAAUUGUGUUUUAGACAUUAACCGUGGAUACCAUGCUGUUGUGCAUCAGUAGCACAAUCUACUUUCCUGUCAAUAAAGUUGAAUGCCAGUGAUCAUGGAGCUCUGGAUUUGCCAGCCUAGCUUGGCCCAUAAUAAAGAUAUUUCUGUGAACA